ACAGGCACUCAAUGUAACUGAUGACUAACUGAUAACUCUGAUUUGUGCAAUAAUCAACUAGCACGUAGAUAAAUCCCUACACGCGUGCGCUAUAAAGACGCAUCCCUUUAACUAAGUUACAUUUAGUGAAUUUUGGGUUAUUGUGUUGUUAACCGAAAAAGAACUAUUGAAAUAACACCUUAGACUUCUUGUUAUCUGCGUCAGACCUGUGAACCUCAGAGCCUCCCACUGACACUCGGAAACACACGGAAGUGAGAGCUCCAGUUUUUCCGCUCACUCGGGACUGAAAACGCGUCGCAUGCAUGUCAGUGUUUGACUGUCUGUUUACGUGUGUGUUGUAUGCUUAUGAGUUCUUCCCGCAGAUAACUCAGAGCUUUCGUUUGCCUCUGAGACCAGCGUCCAACUCCCCCUGCGUCAUGGCAGCGGCAGCGGAGGAGACGGAGGAGUGCGGCCGGAGAGGCGGCGGCGGAGCAGCGGCGGCGGCACAGGCAGUAACAGGUGAUGGAGACUCGGAGGAGGCCGAGGAGUUCACCUGCUCGGCCUACUGCUCAGAGCUCUCCCGGCGGCAGAACGAGCAGAGGAAGGCGGGGUUGUUCUGCGACGUGACGCUGGCGUUUUGCUCCGGAGGAGCUUCCAGCGCGGAGAGGGUCCAAACCCUGUCCGCACACCGCACGGUUUUAUCCGCGGCGUCUCACUAUUUCACGCUGCUGCUGGGCGGACACUUUUCCGAGUCUCAGUCUGCGCGCGUGGAGCUGAAAGCGUGGACAUGUGAGGACGGACUGGACCCAGAGACUGUGAGGAGUGUCGUUCAGUUCAUGUACACGGGAGAAAUCACAGUCACCACUGCUAAUGUGCACCAAGUGCUGGAACUUGCCGACAGGUUCCUCCUGGUGCAGCUGAAGACCUUCUGUGGAGACUUUCUGAUGAAGAAGCUGAGCUUGUCCAACUGUGUAGCCGUGCACAGCCUUGCUCACAUGUACACCCUGGACCAGCUGGCCCUGGGAGCCGCCAAAACGAUUAGGAUGAACUUCCACAAAGUUAUCCACAAUGACGAAUUUUACACGCUGCCAUUUCACCUGCUGCGAGACUGGCUGUCGGACUCAGAAAUCACCGUGGAUUCUGAACAGGAGUUGUUUGAGGCCAUCGUAGGAUGGGUGCGCCAAAACACAGAGGAACGAGAGAAGCACUUUGAAGAGCUCUUUAGGCUUUUAAGGCUCUCCCAGAUAGCUCCUACUGUCCUGACAUGGGUGGUGAGAAAGGAGCCUUUAGUGGAAAAUAAUGCCUCUUGUCAGAAGCUGGUGUCUGACACCCUUGAGGCUCACGCUCUUCACUUGGAGGGCCUCAAGUCAGCUGAUUUGGAGCUCUGUGCUUCCUACAUGGCGGAGAACCAGCCACGUUUUGGCCAGAUCAUGGAUGUAAUCAUGGUAGUGGGUGGUGUUUCAGAAGGUGGAGAGUACGUGAGUGAGUGUGUCGGCUACUUUGUUGCUGAGGACCGUUGGGUCAACCUGCCACACAUUCACAACCACCUUGAUGGACACGCCAUCGCGAUCACGGACAACCAUGUUUAUGUGGCAGGCUCCAUGGAGCCAGGCUUUGCCAAGAUCAUGGAGCGCUACAACCCAAACCUCAACAGCUGGGAGCAGGUCUGCAGCCUCAGCUCUCGCAAGCACUCCUUCGGCUUCACAUGUGUCAAAGACUUAUUGUACAGCAUUGGUGGUCAUGGAAACUUCAGUCCGGGCUUUAGAGAUAUUACAGUGUAUGAGCCUGAGCUGGACAAGUGGCACAGUCUUGAGCCAGCGCCAAAGAUACUUCGAGACGUAAAAACAGUAAGUGUGGAGGAUCGCUAUGUGUAUGUAAUGGCCAGGACCCCUGUGGACAUGGACCAUGAGGAUGGACUGAGCACCGUGACCACUUGCUAUGAUACAGAAAGUCUCAAGUGGCAGGAAGUGGACUCCUUGCCGCUCAUCGACAACUACUGUAUUUUUCAAAUGGCUGUCGCCUCUACCAACUUCUACCACACCGCUUCCUGUUGCCCCAAGAACUACAAGGUAACAGAAAAGGCUGCUCAGCAGAAAACAAGCAGAAACAUUUCCGAUGAUAUCCUCGACAGCCUCCCUCCAGAGGUGCUUAGUAUGGAAGGUGCUGCCAUUUGCUACCUGGAUGAAGACGUGUUUAUCAUUGGCGGCUGGAGGAACAGCAACAACAUGGACAAGCAGUACCGCAAGGAGGUCUACCGUUACUGUGCUAAGAAGAAGCGCUGGAUGCUGCUGCCACCGUUACCUCAGCCUCGCUGUCGAGCAGCAGCCUGCCACAUUCGCAUCCCGUACCAGUAUCUGCGCGGCUGCCAGCACUACCCCAUGCCCCUGAAUCUGGCUCGUCAGCGGGACCGGAUGCAGCAGAUGCAGCAGCUCCAUCGACGCACCCUUACUCUGCGGAGACAGCUACAGUCUCAGAUCGAAUGUUGAAUCGGAUGCUGUGCUUGGUCUGUGUGGUCUUGCCUUAUCUAGCACUUCAUCCACUGUUAGAUGUGUUGUAAUUUUGCCCACAUAAUUAUCUGUGUCGUGCUGUUUGCAUUUACUGGGGUGAGGCCUUCACGUUCCUGUCGGGGAUGUUUCAACAGGUUAGGCAAAGAGGGCAGUUACUCCGGGUUACUUACUUGGUGCCUCCCAAGGAUGUUAGCAUCAUAAUUUCAGAGCAGAAUGAACCACAAAAUGUCAUUAUGCUUCAGGGAGUCCAAACAAACACAAAAGAAAACAGUGAAGGCAAGAGGAGGAGGAGGACGUGGAGAAAAACUGCUGUGCCAAAUAUUUAAUUUGCUGCUGCUGCAGAAAAAUGUGUUGGAUAUCAAGUUAAGGCAAACAACAGCAGGUGUGUCUGUUGGCAGGUAAAUCUUAAAUGCUGUUUAUUUCAGUUUAGUAUCUUGACUUUUUUGUUGAAGUCCCUUCAAAUACCCAAGCUUGUUGGUUUAUUGACAUAAUAGACACAGCCUUGCUGUUUGUAGUUUAAGACAAAUCACAAAGUAAGAAUAUAAUAAAUGACCACUAGUGGGCGACUGUUGACUGCAAAAAGAACUAUGUUCGAAUGUAAGUUCACUGAGAUAUGAGCCUAAUUCUCACUUGAUUUACACUAUCACUAAACAUUUUCCUGACGAGUUAAUGGUCUCAAUCAGUAGUUUCAGGUGUUCUUCAAGUCUUGGUGUCAGUGUAGUUAAUCAUGUUCUCAUUUCACGGACUAGGACACAUCAUGAGGCUUCAAAGCGGGAGUUCAGAUUCUUAUGGAUUUUGUAUUACCACUUACCACUUGGACUUAACAUUACACUAUUCAAAAAUGGCUAACUAAGUUUAAAAUUAUCCUUAUCAUUUAGAUCUCCAUAUUGCAGCAUGAUUUUACCCAUUUUGACUUCACAUCUUUAGUUUUAAAUCUGUGGUUGAUUGUGUCAAGAAGCUCUGACAGCUAAAAAAUAAGUAUCGAUAAGCACACACAUAUUGUAGACCAGUAUAUUUUGUGAUAUGUCACAUCCUAAGUCACUUUUAAACCUGCAUUUUACAUUCAUGUUUGCAAUAAAAAUAGAUUGCAACAAUUCCAUUGAAUGUGGUUGAAUUGAGUAUGAAUUCUUCAAUACUUCAAACAUUCAAAAAAAAAAAAACAUUUUUGAUUUCCCAGGUCAUU